AUGUCGCCAAACCUCCCUUUCCGCGACAUCAACCUCUAUGCCUCGCCGCACUGCUAUGCCUUCAGAUCGGCCUCUGCUUCCACGGGCCACAGCUUGGUCAUAGACCGGCCGACGGGUGACUUGCGACUUGAAAAGGCGUCUACCCAUCAAGCAAAGCGAGUCUCUAGCAUUGCUGGGAUACUGGGCAUUGUCAAACUGAAGCUUGACAAGUAUGUUAUUGUCAUUACGAAAGAACAGCCGAUGGGCCGGCUGAGAGGGCAUAUGGUAUACAAAGUUGUUGCGACUGAAUUCCUACCUCUUCGAGAGACGCCGCUCCACGAUCCGGACGAAGAUGCCUACCUAGCACUCCUAAAGAAACAGCUAGCCACGGGACCGAUGUAUUACUCCUACUCGCUCGAUAUCACAAACAGCUUCCAGCGCCAGUCCCAGAGUGAUCUUUCCCUACCCCUUUGGAAACGAGCCGACGACCGGUUUUUUUGGAACCGUUUCAUACAGACGGACCUGAUAGAUUUUAGCACGGGGCUAUCAGAACACACGGGGAUUAGAAGUGGACAGUCGUCAGAUGUCGAUCCAUUUAUAUUACCCGUCAUGUUCGGCAUGCUGCGCAUAACUACCGCCAAGGUCAAAUCUACACCAUUUACCUUUGCUCUUAUAACUCGCCGCUCGAGAUUCAGAGCAGGUACCAGAUAUUUUUCCCGUGGAAUUGAUGAACACGGAAAUGUCUCGAACUACAACGAAACCGAGCAGAUUGCUAUUUUGAAUGACUCCAACGGCGCAGUCUCUGGGUUUGCAGGAGGGUCGGGUGUAGGAGACAGCAAAGCGGGAGAGAAGAACCACAAAGAACUCCAGGUCCUGUCUUUUGUUCAGACUCGAGGAAGUAUCCCUGUCUACUGGGCUGAAGUGAACAACCUGCAUUACACUCCAAAGCUUGCUGUGCGUGGUGUCGACGCGGCGGCCUCGGCAGCUCGACAACAUUUCUCGGACCAAAUCAAGACCUACGGAGAGAACUUCCUCGUCAACCUGGUCAACCAGAAGGGUCGUGAAGAACAGAUGAAAAAGGCCUAUGAGCAGAUGGUAAGGUUACUUUUGUCUUCACCAACAGAAUCCAAGGAAUCCGACCUGCUCUCUCCUGAAAAGGUGCACACGCUAGAGUCUUCUAGUAAAGAGCAACUGAUGGACCGUCUUCAUUACAUAUACUUCGACUUUCAUAAUGAAACCAAGGGGCUACAGUGGCACAGAGCAGAGCUUCUCCUGAACCAACUUAACGAGGGUCUGCAGCGUGGCCAGUACUUCAGUGGCACUGAAUCCUUAGGCAACCCAUCAGGUACUUUGGAGGCUAGAAGAAUGCAGUCCUCUGUCGUCCGAACCAACUGCAUGGACUGCCUAGACCGUACGAACGUUGUUCAAAGCAUGCUUGGCCGGUAUACCCUGACCCGCCAAUUUAUCGAUUGUGGCAUCCUCCAGCCAGGGCAGAAGACUGACGAUGAUUUGACCUUCCGAGACCUCUUCCGAAAUAUAUGGGCCGAUAAUGCGGAUGUAGUCUCAAAGUCAUACUCUGGAACCGGUGCAUUAAAGACUGACUUCACUCGUACCGGUGAACGAACAAAGGCCGGUGCUCUUCAGGAUGGCAACAAUUCCAUCACCCGUUAUAUCUUGAAUAAUUUUAUGGAUGGUCCGAGACAAGAUGCGUUCGAUCUCUUCCACGGCACCUACCUUCCCUCCAGCACCGCAUCAUAUGUAUUUGCUGACCGAAGACCCCUCGUCAUCCAAUCCAUACCGUACAUCCUAGGUGCAGCAAUCUUCAUGAUCCUAGUAGCCACAUUUACCCGCCAGCUGCCAGACUCUACCGCCUGGCCGUUGAGAGUCUUCCUUAUCUUUUGGAUAGUAGUUGCCACCUGGUGUCUUAAUUUUAUUCAUUCUCACGGCAUGCUAUAUGUCAACUGGCCAAAACUCAACACUCCAGCAGCAGGAGCGGAAGGAUAUGCAGAAGCCCUUCGUCGGGCGAGCAAGGAUAAGCUCAUCGGUGACUUUGUACCGACCAUGGGACGCCAGCGAGGAGUGAGUAAUGCACGUCUCGGCUUUAUGGAAGAAGGCAAAAAGAGGAUAGAGUAG